AUCGGCUCUGGAAUUUGGACCGACUGGCGUGAAAGAGCGCAGCCAGCAUCAUCGUGGGAAGGUUUGGCGUCAAUUUGUUGAUUUAGUCCGCAGUCUGCAAAGGAUGAGCCCGACGCGCCAGUGUGCCCAAGAAAAGUCUCGAUCGUGACCGUCAGGAUGGGUGCGGGAGGCCAGCUGACGGAGACCGGGAGCAGCGUCUACACCUGGGAGGACGUCCAGAGACACUGCAGCAGGAACGACCAGUGGUUGGUCAUCGAUCGGAAGGUUUACAACAUCACGCAGUGGGCCGACCGGCACCCUGGAGGGUUUCGAGUCAUCCACCAUUACGCCGGAGAGGAUGCCACGGAGGCUUUCACUGCUUUUCAUCCGGAUAAGAAGUUUGUGCAACUCUUUCUGAAGCCGCUGUUGAUCGGAGAGCUGGUGGAGACGGAACCCAGUCAGGACCGACAAAAAAAUGCUGCAGCUAUCAAAGACUUCCAGGCCUUACAUGCUCACGCCGUGCGCCAAGGUCUGUUUCGAUCCCGGCCCGCCUUCUUCCUGGCUCAUCUGGCUCACAUCCUGCUGCUGGAAGUUCUGGCCUGGACGCUGGUGUGGAUCUGGGGCACCAGUUGGCCCCUGACGCUGCUUUGUGCCGUCCUGCUGGCAAUUGCACAGUCCCAAACAGGAUGGUUGCAGCAUGACUUUGGUCACCUGUCUGUUUUCAAAAUGUCCAAAUGGAAUCACAUCCUCCACAAGUUUCUUAUUGGACACUUAAAGGGAGCUUCUGCUAAUUGGUGGAAUCAUCGCCAUUUCCAGCAUCACGCCAAACCCAACGUCUUUAGUAAGGACCCUGAUGUCAACAUGCUGCGCUUCUUUGUUAUUGGAGCCACUCAGCCUGUGGAGUACGGCACCAAGAAGGUCAAACGUAUGCCCUACAACCAUCAGCACUUAUACUUUUUCUUGGUUGGACCUCCGCUGCUAAUUCCAGUUUAUUUCCACAUUCAAAUAAUGCAUGGUAUGAUAUCUCGACGUGACUGGGUGGAUAUGGCCUGGUCCAUGUCUUACUACCUUCGCUACUUCAGCUGCUAUGUUCCACUUUAUGGUCUUCUUGGCUCAAUAGCGCUCAUCAUCUUUGUCAGGUUUCUGGAGAGCCACUGGUUUGUGUGGGUGACUCAGAUGAACCAUCUGCCAAUGGAUAUCGACUAUGAGAAGCAUCAGGACUGGCUCACCAUGCAGCUACAAGCCACCUGCAACAUUGAGCAAUCCUUCUUCAACGACUGGUUCAGUGGACACCUCAACUUCCAGAUUGAACACCAUCUUUUCCCAACGAUGCCGCGCCACAACUUCCACCGGGUGGCGCCAUGGGUGCGCGCUCUCUGCGAGAAACACAACAUCCCAUACCAAGUGAAGUCACUAAGAAGAGGCUUGGCUGAUGUCAUCAGGUCAUUGAAAGCAUCAGGGGACCUCUGGCUUGACGCAUAUCUUCAUAAAUGAUUCUUAUGUUCCAAAAAUG